AUGAUGCGAAUACUGGAAGCCCAGGCACCUGCACGGCAGACUGCUACCGAUACCAUCCAGACCUUAAGUAACCGACUAUCGAGUGCAACGCUACUAGAAGAUCGCCGAGCUGCCAUACUGGGAUUGCGAAGCUUCGCAAAACUCUAUCCUGCCUCUGUUGCAUCUGGAGCACUCCGGGACCUCAUCGCAGGCCUCCGAAGAGAUGGAGACGAUUCCGAUACAAUCAAAGUGGUGUUGGAGACCCUUUUGAUGCUAUUCGAGCCAGAUGAGAAAUCACCAGAGGCUUCAGAAGAGAUAACGCUAUGGCUGGCUGACGAGUUUACACAACAUCAAGACAACGUAACGGCGUUGCUAGAUCUUCUGGAAUCAGGCGAGUUCUACCUGCGGCUCUACGUCCUACAGAUCCUCUCACAUAUCUCCACUGCACGGCCGCAGAGAACUCAAGAAGCAAUCUUUGCGGCGCCGUUGGGUGUUUCCAGGAUUACCAACGUGCUCGAUGACCGUCGAGAGGCUGUGCGAAAUGAAGCCUUGGUACUGCUUGUGGCCCUCACGCCAACAUCAGCCGAGUUGCAAAAGGUUGUGGCGUUUGAGAACGCUUUUGAUCGUAUCUUUGCACUCAUUGAAGGCGACGGUGGCCUCUCCCACGGUAGUACCACCGUUCAAGAUUGUUUGUCCCUACUUGCAAAUCUUUUGAACCUCAACACCUCAAACCAAUCUUAUUUCAGAGAAAUUGGAGGUAUCCUUCAGAUCAAGAAACAAUUCCUUGCGGCUUUGGAGCAGGAAGACUCCGCGGAGGCAAUUUCUGCGUGGAUGAAGCCUCAGCGAGACAUGAAUGUAUGGGGUUUACUUGGCGUCGUACAAUUAUUUCUAGCAUCUGGCUCCCAAGGAACUGCCUUGAACCAACAAUCAUUUUGGCAGGCGGGAGUCCUCCCAAUUGUUCUGCGCUUUGCUUUUCAUCCAGAUUUCAGCAGCGGGAUCCGCGCAAAAGCCCUACAAGCUUGUGGAGAUAUCAUUCGAGGAAAUUCCGGCCUCCAAGAGCGAUUCGGCGAUCUUCCUGUCCAGAUCAAGCAGCUGAAUUCCACAUCGAAUGGACACGUCUCUCAAGCUGCCUCCGAAAAGCCUUCUAAAGACCCUACGCCAGUCUAUCAGGAUCACAAUGUCAUUGAAUCCCUCCUCGAACUAGCAUUAGAGCCAGCACCGCUCGCUUUAUUCGACGUGAGAUUGGCAGCGACAUCCUGUCUCAAGGCUUUUGUAGAGAAUCAUGGGGGUAUUAAAGCCCACGUUCUGCGCAGAGCCAUUGAAGGCCAUAAAAGUGGGGACGAUACCGUCCCUAAUAUGCUCACGGUUUUGCUGGAGCCGCCUGGAACUCGUAGCACUUCUGAUCCUUACCAACAAUGGUUUGCUGCUGUCUUGUUCCUCCAUCUUCUUUACGACAAUGCGGAGACCAAAGAACUUGCAUUGACAGUCACAGAAGGCGAUGCUGACAAUGGUGAAGAGGUUGUCACGUUUAUUCAGAGUAUUACAAGCAACGUGGUGGCUGGGGUGCAGCACGUUGAGGACGAGCGUGCGUUGCUCGGCUAUUUGAUGUUGCUGUCAGUGUGGCUUUUUGAGGAUCCGGAAGCAGUCAAUGACCUACUUGGAGAGGCUAGUAACGUCCACGGUCUCGCUGCCGCUGUGAAGAUUGCCAACAGCUCCAUGCCUCUUGUGGCAGGACUUUGCGCUUUUCUGCUUGGUAUUAUCUACGAGUUCUCCACAAAGGAUUCUCCUGUGCCUCGGACGAGGCUUCAUGCAUUGUUGAUGUCCAGUCUUGGGCGAGAAACGUAUGUGAACCGGUUGACAAAACUCCGGGAAAAUGUCUUCAUCCGCGAUUUUGAGGUUCUGCCUCAGAGUGGAAGCGGCAGCCUACCCGAUAUCUUCUUCGACAAGACUUUUAUCGACUUCUUGAAAGACAACUUUAGCCGAUUUUUGCGAGCUAUUGAUAGGGAUCCGAAUUUUGAGGUCUCGAUCGUGAGCAACGGGGUCCAGAAAGGAGUCUCGAGAGACCUUGUCGAUAGCUUGAGGGCCGAGGUCCAAGAACAGAAGCAGGCUUUGGAGACGGCCAACACCGAAUUAUUGCAGCUAAAGAGGAGAUUAGAGCAGGAAGAACUCGAUCACCGCAGGACCCGUGAGUCUUUAAGCGUUGAAGUCUCUAGGAUCAGGCAAAUCAACCAGAGUCUCCAAGACAAUCACGAAGACGAACUGAGUAAAUUGCAGCAAGAAGCUGCGAAAGAAAGAAGUCUUCUCGUGAAGACCCACGAAGAUGAAAUACAUCGACGCCGCACCGAACAUGUCAGCAUGGUUGAGACUACCAGAAAGCAGCAUCAAGCCGAAGUUCAGAAGUUUGAGCAGCGUCUAAAACUGCUGGAGCAAGAAGCCGCCAGAGACCGAUCUGCUCUGAUAGAGCAGCACCGACGUGAGAUCAAUGACUCAGACUCAAAAGCACAGCAAGCUCUCCAGAGGGAAGCAGCAGAAAUCCGCGACUUGAAGGCCUCCAUUGCAGAGCUAGAGAAACGGCUGAAAAAGAGCCAGGACGAGCAUGCCCAGGAUCUUCAGACUGCACACGAUGAGUAUAGUAGUAAGAAGAAAGACCUUGAAGAACGCCUCAAGCGUGCAGAGAGUCGACUUGAAGAUGCUGAACAACGUGCUCGACUUCUUGUUGACGAGGUUGACAAGGAGAAAGCUGCACGAAAGGACGUACAAACCGAGCUUGACGAUCUUCUGGUUGUUUUUGGUGAUCUAGAGGCGAAGAGAUUGACGGAUAAACAGAAGCUCAAGGAAUUGGGACAGGAGGUCUCGGAAGACGAGGAUGAGGAGGGAAAUGAGGCUGGUAGCGAAGUGACUGAAGACGAGGAGGAGGAUGUUGAUUAA